AUGGAGCGUUUGCUUGCCCACUACACCGGCCAGAGUAGACUCGAUGCUGAGACAUUAAAGACCUUGGCCGACUCCGUAGAGAAAGGACGAACCGGCCCGGAAGCCCCGGGACCGCAACCAGACCCGGACGCCACCAUGGACCCGGACGUCGGCGCCGAGGUUGAGGUGAAGUCGCAGAGUUCCGAUUCGUUCCAGGUCGAUGAGAUUACCGUGCAGCCAUUGGAGAAUAACAUCACCCACUACUCCGGCGAGUUCUCACACUGGAACUUUUCCAUGCGGAUAAAGCAGUGGAUAGAGCAGUGUGUAAAUGAUACCCCCGAUGGUCCCAAGACACAGUUCAAGGAGUACUACCGCCCCGAGGAGCUGCAGUCAACAUCCAACACUGUUGCUUCGCUCUCAUCACUUCCCCCGCGCUACGUGGCUGACUUCCUCGUCCACGCGUUCUUCAACCAUGCCGAGACCAGCUACUUCUAUGUUGAGCGGCACUGGUUGCAAGAGAAGUUGGAUGUCGUGUAUGAGAACCCGGGAUCCCUCACACGUCGAGAUGUCGGGACCAUGUGCAUCAUCCUGAUCGUCUUCGCCAUCGGCACGCAAUAUGCGUAUCUCGACUCGCGUGAUGAGAGGGGCAGGGUGCCGACUGCCCCUGCCGAGUCGAGCCCGUUCUCCGAGGACACCAUUGGCAUCAUGUUCUACCAGCAGGCCUGUAGGCUUGUGCCAGACGUCAUCACGAUAUCCAGCCUGGAGAGUGUGCAAGCUUGCCUGCUCAUCGGCCUCUACACCCUCCCUCUUGAUGCAUCCGGACUGUCAUACGUGUACCUCAAUCUUGCCGUGAAGCUUGCCAUACAGAACGGCAUGCACCGCAAGUAUCCAGGAGACCUCAUUGACCCCGUCAUCCGCGAGACGAGGAACCGCGUGUGGUGGACGGCCUACACAACAGAGAAGCGCAUCGGCAUAUUCCACGGCCGACCACUCUCCAUUGCUGCCGCAGAUGUCGAUGCCGAGAUGCCAGUCGACCGCCCAAACAUCUGGGCCGGCUCACCACCACCAAACACCGCACACAUGCUAGCCACCCUCCAGCUAAACCAAGCAUUAAGCCGGAUCAACCAUCAGAUCUCCCUCUUCAAGACCUUUGAAAAGCACGAAAUCCCAGACGGCAUAACCAAACUAGUCGAGAUGAAGGCGCAGCUGCACACCUGGUGGAACAACCUCCCAGAAACCACCUUCUGCAAAGACCCGAGCCCCGGAUCUGCCGUCUUCCGCCCCGACAUGCAUCUCCGCCUCGAAUACUGCCUCGUCCGCAUGUUCGCCGGCCGCCCCUUCAUCUUCCCCCGCGAAUCCACCCGCAGCACCGCCUCCUCCUCCGGCUCGCCCGCCGACUCUGCCGUGCCCCCGCGCACCGGCUCCGCCGCCGCCGCCGCCGGCAAAGCCCACCCGCGCUCCGUCCUCGUUGCGGACUGCGUCGACGCCGCCCUCUGCGUCGUCGAAACCUGCCGCCUCCUCCGCAACAGCAUCGGCCUCGCCCGCGCCUCCUACACCGAGUUCUCCUCCUGCCGCGCCGCCCUCCUCGUCAUCAUUACGCAGUGCCUCCAGAAGAAGACCGACCGCCUGCGCGAGGCCCUCCGCGACGGCCUCGCCAUGCUCAAGGAGAUGUCCACCGGCGGCGAGUCCGCAAAGUCAGAGAUGUCCCUCAUCGAGGCCUUCGAGCGCGCCAUCUCCCGCCUCGACGCCAACGACGACGCCGCGUCGAGCUCCGCCAAGGAGUCCGACUACGCGCGCUUCAAGAAGUGGGAGAUGCUGUGGAAGACGGACACGCCUGCGCACGACGCACGCAGCGAGCGGAGCCACGAUGCCGGGCUGCCGAUCCCGCCGCACCCCGCGGCGUUCUGGCGGACCGGCGGCGGCCACGGGCAUGGUGGUGGUAGCGGCGGCAGCGGCGGUCAUGUGGCGCCUGGGACCGGGAGGCAGGGGACGGCGUCACUACCGCCGGCGAUGCCUUUCUUUGGUCUCGACGGGAGCUUGUCGCCGAUGCCGCCGGCGCUGGAUGAGUUUUCAGCCAUGUUUGGGAAUGGGUACGUGCCGGGGUUUGAAGGCAUGGGUGGGAGCGUGAACGGGAACUGGAUGGGUUUGUAA